UUUUUUCUCUUCAGGAUAUUUUUUGUUUGUUGGGUGGUGUUGAAGGAGCAAAAAUGGCGUCGAAUCUCGUGAAAGCUCUCAUCCGAUCGCAGAUUCUUCCAUCUUCGAGGAGGAACUUUAGUGUGGCGGCUGCGGCUACCACUCAUAUCGGCAUUCCAACAGACGAUUUAGUCGGAAACCACACGGCCAAAUGGAUGCAGGAUAGAAGCAAGAAGUCACCAAUGGAACUGAUCAAUGAGGUUCCACCUAUCAAGGUUGUUGGAAGGACUGCUGCUUGUGAAGGAGACACCAAUCCAGCACUCGGUCAUCCAAUUGAGUUCAUUUGCCUCGACCUACACGAGCCUGCCAUCUGCAAGUACUGUGGCCUUCGUUACGUUCAAGAUCAUCAUCACUAAACGCGACGUUUCCGCAAGUGGAAAAAACAUCUCUCGUCUCUCCCCACUUUUUUUUAUUGAAUUGUCAAGUUUGUGUAUCGCUCUCUAUGAUGCUCCGACAUCUUAAGAUAUCAUUUCUUAAUAAAGGAUUCGAUCACAUUAGUGCAAGUGCGGCUUUUUGUCACACCUGUCAGGUUGUAAACAUUCUAUAUUUAAAAACUCUUUCCAUGCCAAUGAGCUCAGCCAAGGCUUGGGGUUUUGCUAUAUAA